UUUGUUUUUUAUCGGUAUAGUCAUACCCCAUACUCCCUGGAUUGAAGACAGCGUGUGCUAAGACAUGAUAUGUUAGUUAAUUAAAAUAAGUGCUAAAAUGGUUUGGACUCAGAAUAGUGUGAUAUUUGUGUGUGUGUGCGCUAUAGCGAGGACUCAGGUGAUCCCAGGAAAGUCCAGGACGAAUGAUGGUGAUUACAACACCGUGAACACGGAUGGAUCCUUUGAUUUUGGGUACUCAAACAAGGACCGAGGUGCCAGCUACCAUUUAGCACACGGCAAUGCGAACGGUUUGGUCGGCGGCCGCUUCGGCGCCCGUGACCCUGCCACCGAUACCGUGAAAGAGACGGUUUACACCGCUGGACCUAGAGGAUUUCGAGCAAAGGGCGCGAAUAUACACAGAAAAAUGGACUUGGAUCAAAGACCUCGGGGUCCAAUCGGUAAUAAGGACGAUCCAUAUUUCGAUCCUAACGAGGACCCCAGCUAUGCCUUCAAGUUCGACACGAGAACAUAUUCCAAGAACGAGAACGCUGACAGUAGAGGCGACGUUAAAGGCCACUACUCGUUUGUGGAUGACGUGGGCGAACGUCACGAUGUCUCCUACAUAGCUGGCAGAGAUACAGGCUUCCACGUGUCUUCAGCUCAUCCAGACAGCCACAACGUUAUAGGCUCACCUUUUCACCGAGCGCCGCUGGUAAGAGGGGAGACCAGACCGAGAGGUCGAACGGCAGUGCAACGGGGUUUAGAUGGCUCGUACAGGUUCAUAUCAGCAGGCCCAGAUCAGAGAAGAACAGAAAGCAGCGACUCGCAUGGGAAUGUAAGAGGAUCGUACACAUUUUUAGACGACAAAGGAGUUCAAAGAACCGUAAAUUACAUAGCUGGACCCGGUAUCGGGUACAGAAUAGUGAAGAAUAACAAGGAUCCCUACAUUCCAUCAUUCUUCCCCACCAUUCCAAGCGCUUACGACCCAGACUUUGUGGGAGCUGCUGCCUCCACAGGAUUUUCGCCUGAUGACAGCGGCGCUGAUGAUGUUUUUAAAGGUCCAGACGGCACCGCGGCGUCAGGGCAUGUAAAGCCACCACCGUUCCCUUCCAACGACAAAGAACGACCAAACAAACCCAGUUCAGGGUCGACUGGCUCUACUGGACCAAAUGGUAGUGGAUCUGGUAGCGGAAGUAGUGGCUUUGGUUCUGGAGGAAGCAACUCAUAUGGUAGUCUACCAACUGGUGGCGACUUUGACAGUGGUUCCACUACUGGUUCUUUCGGCACUGGCAGUGGUGGCUCCUUUAGCACUGGUACUGGAAGUGGAUUGUUCAGCAGUGGCACUAAUGGUGGUAGUUAUGGCAGUGGCACUUCUGGUGGCAAUUUUGGCAGCAGCACAUUUGGUAGCGGCACAUCCGGCGGUAGUUCCACUAGUGGUAACGGGGGUAGUUCAGACGGUGAUGACGACGGUAACAGCUACCAAGGCUCCGACUUUGGUCAGGGCAGUGCGGAUUUAGGCUACGUCGACGAAGAUGUCUCAGGUUUUGGCGGGAGCAACAAGCCAACAAAAGGACCAGGCAAACCGGGUCGGCCCACCAGCAAGCCUUAUAGGCCAACGAAGAAACCUUAUGUGCCUCUAAAACCUUUCCAGCCAGCCAAUAAUAAAGAUGACAGCGAUGGUUAUGAUGACGGGAAAGGAGACAAAAACACGCCACAGUUUGCAAUAGGAUUUAAUAUACAUCACACAAAGCCGGGUACCACCAUCAUUAGGAAUAUAGGUCAGGAUUACUUUGGGGUACCGCCGGGAGUAUCAGUCAGGGCUCACGUUCAAAGCAUUGAUUUAUAUCCAUACGAUUCGAAGCCCAUCUCGCCAUCAGAAGCGUUAGAGAAAGACAAAACAUAAUUUUAUCACUUGUUAACAUUUUAAAAUCUUUAAUGAAACAUUAAAUCUGUAAUGUCAUUUAACUGUACAUUAAGCAAAAUUUUAAAUUAUUUAACGAAUAAAGCUGUAAGUAAAUAAGGUGAAGCGUUUGAUUUUAAAUAAUUAAUAACA